AUGGCGACUGCGUCUCCAACUCCAAUGGCCGGCGCGCCAAUUCGAAGAGCCUCACAACGUCAACUCCGAAGACCUCCACCGAGAACCACCGCGACGCGGAGCGAAGCACAGGCUGCCCCGGCAGUUCAAUCCAAGCUCCAAUCGAAUCAGUACGAGGAUGACAGCUCCGAGGACGAAAUCCCCAUGCCUAUGAAGCUGAGUGCUCUCACCAAAGCACUACUUGAUGACGGUGGUGACCGGGAGGCGGCUUCAAAUGCCCGAGCACCGCCCUCGCCGCCCCGAACGCGUCGCCAAGCAAGUGUAGCAGCAUCUGGCCCUGCUGCUGCCACUCGACGAAGCACCAGAGCUGGCAACUCCCAGACCCAUGAUGCCCUCCGGAACUCGAGUCCAUUACGUGAACAGAGCCCUGCAAGGAAAAGAGUGGUUCGACUGAGCAACACACCUCAAAGUCUCAAUCAAAUGGGCAGCUCCACAUCGAAGCGACGAUCUACGUCUGACUCCCAGUCCCAAGUCGCCGCCAGACCUGAACCUGGCUCUCGCAAAAGCAGUACUGAUGGAAUGCAGCAUGAGCCACAACCCGAUACAAACGUCAACACCCCUUCCCAUGGGCGAGUUGUUCGCAUCGCCACGGGCUCGUCUGGUAAUCGCAGCCGCCUUGGUUCAUCUGGGCCCUCAUCCGGUCACUCGAAUCUUGAACGAUCAGCUAUGGACCGUUCCGCCGUGGAGAUGGAAGCUGAGCCCGCGGAAGCCCCCGACACAGCUGUCCGCAACGCAGCUAUUGGCAGCACCAGCGUGUCUCGCUACCCCUCAACAAGAAACAGAGAGGACAACCCAAACCUCCAGAACUCGAUGCGAGUUAAGCGUGUCGGCAAGCUAUCUGGCAGCUUUCUGAGUGGGCCUGCUCGUCGCGGUCGCCGUCGGCAAAGUGAGGAAGAGGGAGGUUUUGGCGAAAUGGGCUCGCAAGAGCCUGAAUGUCAGGCUCCGGAAGAACAUGGACAAGGCCCUUAUUACCCCGACUUCAACUCCGGUAGCCCUAUUAGUGGGGGUGCUGUACGUGGCAACCACCGUCACAAUGGCUCCAAGGUGGAAAUCCGUGCCGACUUUGCCAACGCAUCACCCCAACCCCAGCAGAGCCGUGCCCGUGACCCCGAACCUUCCCGUAUAGGAGACAUCGGGCACCUUGUCUCUGUUGGUCGCCUUCAGAUGCCUGCUACCAAUGACAAGGAAAACGAAAUUCCUUUCCACCAGAAAUGGGGCAAGUCGUCUAUUGGAGUAGACAAGGCAGCCAUUGCACCGCCUCGAAUCGAUAUUGCUAUUGAAAGAGCCGCGUCACCCGAUCGCAAACCCCUCACAGCCAUCGCUCGCAAUACUACGCCGCAUCGAGCAGCACCGGCCCCGCCGCCCAAGAUGUCUGUCCUCGAGGCUGCCACCUCUACUGCUGGCGCCGCUGUGACCACUCAGACGAAGCAGCGUCGAAACAUUCUCAAGGUUAAUAACAAAGUAUAUACCCGCCUUGAAUGUCUCGGACGCGGUGGAAGCGGAAAAGUCUACCGGGUUAUGGCAGAGAAUGGCACCAUGAUGGCCCUGAAGCGGGUCUCACUUGAAAAUGCGGAUGAGUCGACCAUCAGUGGCUACCUCGGCGAGAUUGACUUGCUGAAAAAGCUUACUGGCGUCGAUCGUGUCGUCAACUUGUUUGACUGGGAAAUGAACCAUGAGAAGCAAAUGCUGAGCUUGGUCAUGGAGAUGGGCGAGAGAGCUCUGGACAAAGUCUUGCAGACCCAUCAGUCUGCCGAGUCUGCUAGACUCGACCCUGUCUUCAUUCGCUUUUACUGGAAGGAGAUGCUCGAAUGUGUGCUGUCGGUGCACAACCACGACAUUGUCCACUCCGACCUGAAGCCUGCAAAUUUUGUUCUUGUGCAGGGCCGCCUAAAGCUCAUUGAUUUCGGCAUUGCCAAUGCUAUUCAGACCGACGAAACUGUCAACGUCCAUCGUGAAACACAGAUCGGCACACCCAACUACAUGUCGCCCGAGUCGCUCAUGGAUUCCAACAGCGCCCGUGGUCCGCGUGUUCCUGGCCGCCCCAAGUUGAUGAAGCUUGGCAAAUCCAGCGAUGUUUGGUCACUUGGAUGCAUUCUCUACCAGAUGGUCUAUGGCGUGCCACCUUUUGGUCACAUUGUCAACCCUAUGGCUCGUUGCCAGGCCAUUAUCAACUGGGAUCACACCAUCGAGUUUCCAACUCGCGCCACUGGUGGCCUGCUUGUGCCGCCCUCUUUGAUUCGAACAAUGAGACGCUGCCUCAUCCGCGAGCAGCACAUGCGUCCUACAUGCGAAGAACUUCUUCACUACUCUGAUCCCUUUCUCUACCCCGCCGAGCUCAGCGAAAAGGCUCUCCCUAUUGAUGAGGAGCUUCUUGGACGAAUCAUCCAAAGCGUUGCCACCCGCUGCCGUGAGCGUAUGCCAACCGAGGCGGAAGCUUCUAGUGUUUGGCCCCAAGCAUACUGGGCCAGUAUUCGCAAAGCAAUGGCUGGAAGAAUGUAA